AUGGGUGGAUUGAUCUCACGCACUGACAAUUUCACUGCCUUGCUGCGGUAUGUUCGGAAUGGUAUGGCGGGUUUGGUGAUGUGGGGAGGACGCUAUGACGAAGACAUAUUUUUCUUUCACCCCUCACCUCCCUGUGCCACAGCAAGAGAAAAAGAAGAAAAUAAACCUGCGAGGUGUGCAAAUCUCAAUUUGACAGCUGGAAGUUUACCAUCCAAUGGCAUGAGAUCAAAGGAUGCCUGGAAUACACCAAACAAGAAAACAAAAUUUUAUAUAAGUUUUCUCCGCCAAAAUUCUUAUUAUUAUUUGUUUGGCAGAUCAAUUAGCUAG